AUGGAAAAUGACGAAAUUUUACAGAUAGUUUCAAUAUUAUCUGUAAAAUUUCCGGAUAAUAUUCCUGAGGAGUUUGCAACACUACCCAUCGUUGAUAUCCUUAAAAAUACAACAUUUCCAGAUAUAAAACACUUUGAAACGGUGGGAAUCUCUGUUUCUCAGCUCCAAAAGAAAUCCAAUGCCGAAAUAUCGAAAUCCCUGCUCUUUGAAUUUAACUUUUCUACUGAAGUUUUGGAAUUUUUCAUUUCAUAUACUUCCAAGACUCCAGAAGCAGAGUAUUACAUCGAUGUAUACAUACUAGUAUCAUUUGCAUACUGGUUUCUUCAGUAUGAGCAGACAAAAUCCUCAGAAAAUGCAUUACUUUUAUUAAAAUCGAUGCAUCGAAUCGUAAAUACGAAUUUCAAGAAGAAAUCAACCCAACUUUUUUCUAUUAUAAUGAAUGUUUACAUAAAUUCACCACAAUUCGUUUCAAAAGAAGUUAUGCCAUUAAUACCGAGAAUUAUACAAGAAUUGAAGACGGAAUGGAUGUAUUUUUCUAAAUGGGUACUAACAUUUAUCUCAAUAUUACUACAACCCGAAAACAAAACUUUAUUUGAAGAAUUUGCUUCCGAAUUAACCCCAGAAGUCAACAAAUCCACAGAUCCAAUCAAGCAAAGCGAGUUUACAUCACUCUGCCACAUUCUAGGCCGAGAUAUCAUGGAAUUAAACAACACAGAGAUAAAAGUCUUCACAGCUUUCAUUCAUCAUUAUAAAGAACCGAUAGGAACAGAUUUCUUGGAUUUCGCAAUUGUAUCGUCUUUUUUAAAGACAUUUAUUCCAACUUCUUUUGGAAAAACUACAGAUCAGCCAGAAAUACCGGAAAUCGGGUUCCACCAAGGCAUUUUGUAUUCCGUCGAUGUUACAAAGCUCUUUGACAAGCUUCCUGUUCAAUUUGAUGACGUUUCUUACUUUGAAUUUCAAAUUAAACCGGAAUUUAAAGAGCAACAUGAGAAUUUACUUAGUAUACUUACAGAGAAAUGCAGCGUGAUGGAUAUCAUGACACUUAUGAAGAAGUGGAUCGCUCAGUUGGGCACAGAAGAAACAAUUUUAAAUAAUAUUUCAUUUUUUACUUACAUUUUGGAUAAAAUGGACAUGACACCAGAUGAAGUAAGGGAAUACAUCAAAACUGUGGCCGAAACAUGUGCUUUUUCUGCAACAAUUUACGUAACAAAUAUUAUUAAGCUGCAAAGGUCAAUUGUAUACAUCACAAGGAAGGCACAGUUCUCGGGCAUCCCAUUUCUCGUCAAAACAAUCAAGAAUCAUAAGAUAAUUUACAACAUUGUUCGAGUUUUGUUUGUAAACUUCGAUUUGCUCGGAAAAGAGAUUUUCAAUUCAUCGGAAAUUCUCAAAUCUAUCGUCCAACUGUUUUUUUCUGCGGUAGAAACUCAAGGAACCGAAAAAAUUUUGAAUGAUGUUUAUUUAUUCGUAAUGAAGACGAUAAACGUCAGUGAGAAUGCUAAUGUAUGUUUCUCAUUGCUCGAAUUCAACUCCCUCAUUGUUUAUUUCAUAAUUGAUGACUUAAUUCGACCAAAAGUUUUAGAAUUUCUCAAAACCUUCAUGUUAAAUGAGCUUUCGAGCUUCGGAAUGGCCUUUCCAUCCGCUGUAUCAAGUCUCCUGCAAACUCUGACCGUCCAAUACAGUUUUGCUCACUCAAGAAAUAUUGCGAACGAAAUUUUGGAGACAUUGAACUACUGUUUGCUCGAGAGACCCGCUCUUGUCCUAAUGUUCUCAAAUAUACACCCAGUUCUCAAGUUGUUGCUUCAAAAUAUUGGAGAAUCUGAUAUCGACUACAAAAUUUUAGUAAAUAUCAUAAAGUUCACAAAAAUAGUCAUUUCGGAUGUGAACUGUGAUCCAUCCAUCAUUCAAAUCAUUAUUAAGAAAACUCUGAUAAUGAAAAAUGAAAAUUUCCAUGAUGCCGUGCAAUCUGAGCUAUACGAGCUUGCAAUUUAUAAGAAUCCGAUGGAGAUUAUCAGGUUUAGCUCCCUUUUGACCAUAAUUUUGCAGAGAUAUAAAUCAAAAGAAGAUAAAAUUUUAUUUAUAAGGAUGAUACACGCUAUAAUCAAAGUAUCAAGGAAUAACUUGAUGGAAUUACUCAAUUCCAAGUUCGAUGAGUAUCUUUUGGACGAAAUUGCGAAUUUCGGAACAAAUGAAGGUAAUAACGACGAAUUGGUUGAAGCUUACCUUGAUUUAUUGACAGAGAUACACUCAAAGGCCGCAUCCACAGCCAGUGUUUCUAAAUAUAUUACGUUGUUUUCGCCUUAUGAAGGGAAAUACAUUCAUCCCAACAUUUUAUCGAUAUAUAACCACUUUAUAGAGACUGUUGAGAGAUAUAUGAUAGAACCCGUACCUUAUAUUCCAUUAAAAUCAGGUUCUCCGACGAUUGAAAUGACAAUUAAGGAAAAAUCCUUCAUUUUAUCGGUUUAUAUGUUCAUAGAACCAUAUAAUUGUAUUAAUUAUGACACAAUAUGGACCGUAAAAGCCGCAAAUACCACUGUUUCUUUAUGUAUUCAAAAUUUGAAGUUUGUUUUCAGUUUUAACUUCAAAAACAACUUACAAUCAUUGAAUAUAAGGAAACAGAAUAUGGGAUAUUGGUUCUGGUUGAACGUAUUGAUCUCUUUUGAACCUAAUUUAAUAAGAUUGAAAUUUAUUGACGAAAAUGUUGAUGAUAUUGUAUUUCCUUUCGAGUACAACAACGAAGAUAUCAUCAUUACAGUCGGUCCGUCCAAUCCAAAGAACAAUCAAGUGCCAAUUGCCUACAUUUCGGAUGCAAUUAUUUCAAAAUCAGACCAACAACCAUUGAAUUUCAAAAACCAUGAUAACCAUAUCGCUUAUUUCACUUUAUCCGAGAAGAACAGAAGGAUAAACCUCAAAUCUCCCUUCGAAACAAUAAAAUUAGUUGGGCCAACUAACAUUAGAAGCUCUGCAUUCCCAAGUAUCUUCGCGCACACUGUUGGAUUUCGUUUCUUCUCCAUUAUAUUCGCGGAAGAAAACAUGCAGGCCGUGAAUAAGAGAAAAAUUGAAAAUUUAUUAAUACAUAUCUUGAAAGGAUUAACAAGAUUGUUUCAGGCUUAUACUAGAUUAGAGUUCUACUUCUUCAAAGGAGACUGCACUGCUGUUUUAUGCUACUUUUUGAUGAAUCAUGAAAAAACAAUAGAAUUAUUUACAACGAUCAAAGAGUUUUCACUUGCAUUGCAUUAUACAAAACUCAAGAAUGAAGUAUUUAAGAACGUUUUGCUUUCUUUUCUUAUUUGGAGAACAGCUCCUCAAAAUGUUUUAGUUCACGUGACUUCCCAGUGGAUUUCCUUACUCACCAAGCAAACUUAUCCAUUGUUUGAAGACGCCAUCCCUUUAAUUGCCGUUUUAAGAGAAAUAAGAUUACAAUCUUCCCUAGAAGAGCCUUGUAUCCCCAUUAUUUCCAAUUAUUCGGCAAUUGCGUCCAACAUGAUCUUGCUUGCGAACACUAGUUAUAACUUUGAAUGCUUAGUUGGAGAAAUUGUUUCAUCAUCAACGGCUCAACAAACAAUUAUGCUAAAUACUAUUCUCCAAUCUGUUCUAACGAGUGAACACAUUGCGGAAAGCCAUGUUCGCGAUAAAGAAGCCUGCUUUUUCUUGUUACAAUCAAUUUUACGAAUUCCCGAUGAAAGCUUAUUAAUAAUGAUACUUGAUUGCAUCAUAUUAGCCCAUACACGCCAUAUUUUUGAUACAAUUCCUUUAUUUUACCACGUAACAAUUGUUCAACGGAUGAUUUUGCCAGAAAUGCUUUCAAUGAACGCCAUAAAUCUCAUUUCGGCCAAGACGAGUUGCACUAGCGAGUUAGUUGGUAUUUUGGUGAAGAUGGCGUCUCAAAUUGGCCAAGAAGCACUAAAUUCUGCCGCAAAAUCGAUAAAAUUGAAUGAUUCCUUCUCUUCCAUUGAAUUAGUCAGCUUCGUUAACGAGCUUUUCUUUUAUUCCGAUAAAUCUUCGCUCACAAAAUAUUUUGAAUUUCUGGAUAAGUUUGUUCCCAACGCUUUACAGAUAUUGAAGGCGAACGAGAUAUUCGAAAUAUUCCUUACAAGUGAAUACGCGUUACAUCUGAUGCAAACAAAUAACACAAACUAUACUUUGGAUGAAAUUAUUUCGAUGAUUUUAUUUACGUGCAAGAAAAACAUAUCGGAAAAUUUCUACAAGGCCUACCAGAACAGCCCAUUCAGCAAACAGAAGAAAAGAGCCAAAAUUUUCAUACCAUUAGAAGAAAAAAUUUUGAAUAUGGUCAAAGUCAAUCCCAGCUACGUUUAUUACAUCCGAUUAGAUCAGAAUAAUAAAUGGAUGGACCACUACCUGGCCAAAAUCAUUCUAGAUAAGGCUCUUCAGGAGCAAACGAAAACAGACAAUUUCCCAAUCGACGAAAACCUCAAAGACCUUCUUAUUCUUACAAUGGUAAGGUGCGGAGACGAAAGUUUCGCUCAUUUACUCAAAGAUCCGACGGUUUUGAUGGUUGCGGACUAUUUUAGGUUCAAUUUCACUCAUUCCGAGAAAUAUAUAGCAAAUAUACAGAUGCCGAAGAUAAUAAAGUACUUCGAGACCAUUGAAUUCCCUUACGAAAAGAAAGUUGGAAAGAUUUACACUUAUUUACACGAAUACUUAACAAAUCAAGAAGAUAUUGUAAAUAAGAAUAUGCAGAUGACGAAAGCUGAUGAGUUCAUUGAUGGAUAUUACGCGGAAAACUCUAAAACUUUCGAUUCUUUCCAAGAUUUGACGAAAUCAUAUGAAAUUAAAUGGAAGAAGUUGUUAAGAGAGUUCACUCAGAAGCACGCUCCAUGGUAUCAGUACUUUGUCCCUGAAAAUGAACGUAAAACCCAUUUAAUGCGCGAUGAUGUGAUUGUUAAAGGUGUUCCAUGCAAAUUAAUCAUGAAUUCGAACUUCGAUGACCAUCUGAUGGCCUCCCUGAUCAGAGAUACCGGCGGACAGAAGGAAGCUGAGAAAUUAAUGCAAGAAAGACUAUUACAAGAACAGAACAUUAAUAAGAAGAAGAUCAUUCCUAUCGGAAUCGAAAUUCCUAAGUUCGAUUCAGAAAAAGAAGCGAAUUCCCCUUCAAAGAAAGAUAAAAUCAAAGAAAAGUCAUUUGACUGUCAAAAAGUGACAGUUACGGGCGUAGAAGAAUGUAAACUUGAAUUUGGACUUUUUAUAUCGAUUAAGACAGCGAAAUCAACAAUUUCGUUUGAGAAAGAAGAAGUACAAGCCAUAUACCUUAGAACAUUCUUACAGAAACCAACAGCUUUGGAGAUUUUCCUUGAUUAUGUAAGUUAUUUCCUUAAUUUCGACAUUUCAGUUCUUAAUAAUGUCUUCAAGUACUUCGAGAAGGUCAUACCAAGGAACGUUGUCGACAACAAACUGCCAAAAGUUGUGUUUUCAAGUCUAGAUUUCACAGAUAAGUGGAUCAGCGGCGAAAUCACUAAUUUCGAGUAUCUCAUCGCUCUAAACAAAUACUCCGGACGUUCCUUCAACGAUCCAGCCCAGUAUCCAAUGAUGCCGUGGGUCAUAUUAGACUAUGACUCAGAAAAAAUAGAUUUGAACGAUAAAAAACUUUACAGGAACAUGUCAAAACCGGUUGGAGCGUUAGAUAACGAUAGAUUGGAGAUUUUGAAGAAAAAUGCAGACAAUAGAAACGUUGGACUUCCAAAAGAGAACUGGUUCUUGUACGGAACAGGUCCAAUAUGUCCAAUGCAGGUCUACGGCUACUUCGUGAGGCUGGAACCAUUCACUUCUAUGCACAUUCAGUUCCAAGGAGGGAAAUUCGACAAUUCCAGCCGAAUUUUCAAGUCAAUACAGCAGUGCUUCAAGAAUUGCACACAUAACUUGCAGUCUUUCUACGAAUUGACCCCCGAAUUCUACAUUUCGCCUGAAUUUCUGACGAAUUCAGAACAUUUCGACCUCGGAACAGGAGAUGAAGGCAAUGUUAAGCUUCCUAGCUGGUCUAAAACAGAUUACGAGUUCAUCUAUUUGAAUAGAAAGGCCCUGGAAUCAGAUUUCGUAUCAUCAAACUUACAUAACUGGAUAGAUCUCAUCUGGGGAUACAAACAGAACGGCCAGAAGGCGAUAGAAGCAGAUAACGUGUUCGAUCCAAGUAUGUACGAGACGUUUGUCGUAAAAGACUCAGAUAUCGCGUUGAAAUUGCAUACAGAGACCGUUAGAAAGGAAGUUGGGCAGAUUCCGACGCAGAUGUUCUUCGAGCCUCACAAGCAGAGGAACGUAGUAAAGAAUUCCUUCCAGAUUUUGAAGGAAAUUUCGAUAAAUUUAGGCGAAAUGCAAUCGUUAGGAUGGAUCGUGUCACAGCAAGUUGACAGUAAAUUGUCUCUCAAAGUAAUAAUGUUCUCUAAUAGUAAUUUGGACAUUUUCUACAAGAUUAACCUCGGAACAUCAGAUUUCGACGUAGAAGAGAGAUUCCAAGCACCUGUAAAGAAUUUCGAGCACAUGGCUGCAAAGUCCUUCGAGAAAAUCUUCACUUAUGACAUAGAAAACAAUACAAUUUCCUCAUUUAACUAUUUCAAAAAAACCGUCAAAAAUUCAGAGCAACUUUACGGUUUUGUUAACAAUUUAUCCACUGAUGGAAAUUAUGUUUCUGUGGCUAGUGACGACGGAACAAUAUUAAUUUUAGAUUCUGACACUUUACAAACGGUUUUCAGAUUGAGUACCUAUGGUGAUUCUCCUAUUUUGAUUGAUAUUAAUUCUGUAUUUGAUUUAGUAGUUGUCAGCACAGAAUUAGGCUCAUUACACUUCAUUUCUCUUCAUCAUCAGUCGAUUCUGAGAACUGUUUAUUUGCAAGGCAAAAUCUCACUUCUUAAGAUCAGUCCUGGCUGGGGAUUUGUCCUUGUUUACGUCGUGAGGGGCGAAGAGAGCGAGUUUCGCCUUUAUUCGAUGAACGGAGAGUUAAUUAGAUCUUCUGUCAUGACAGAUCAGAUCAAAGACAUUGUUUUGUACUCAGAUAGAAAUGGAUUUGACUUCUGCAUCUGUUUGACACAGAAAUGGAAAGUUUUCACAUUCGAACUUUUUUAUUUGAUGCAACAGACAAAAAUUUUGUUUUACGGGAAUUUCCCGUUGAUGAAAAUCGAAUUCGUCAAAGAUAUUAAUUGCGUUAUUUGCUUCGGAAAGAAAUCAAAGGUUGUUGUUGUACCUAUUUAA